UCCUCUAUGGUAAUGGCGACAUGUGCUCUUAGAGAAACUGGCUAAUUUCUCAUGCCAUGUUAGCCAGAGGGUACCUCUGACAUAAAAUACAAGACUAACUCCAUUGAGCGUAUGCAGUUGUGUAGUAAGCUUUUAUGGUACCUUUAUUUUCGGACGACAUUGUUAAAAGGUCGCACAACGGACGUAAACAUCGGCUAUCGGACAACGUGGCCUGGGUCACGAAAGAGCCUGUUUGACCUGUGGAUCAAUUGAUAAACAUAUUCACUGUUUUGAAGGAUUGGAGGUAGUGUAUGCAAUAUGCCAGUCAUAAAUCCAUACAUAUAAGAAACCUUUCGUGGGUUGCCAAUUUUAUUGAUAUAUGUCUGUGCCAACUUCUGAGUUAAAAUGGACCAGACUUAUUGCAUAUGGUCAUGAUCUAAAUCGAGGCUGAAGCCUGGCGUGACAAUUUAUUUGAGGUGUUGUUUACAAAUAAAUUUGCAUUGUUUUUCGACAAUUUGUUGUUUUGACACUGAUAUAAGACUAGUUGUGAUAACUGUUAUUGCUGAGAUUUAGUUGUGCACGUAUUUGAUCGUCACGACGUGUGUAUUGAGGUCGUGAGUAAUAAACAGCUGUUCAACAAUGGCUGCGGCCGUUGGUACCACGACGAGGAGUGAACACUUUCAGACGGAUUCUGCGGAAAUGCAGGACCCAGAAAAUACAAGAAAGACUUCUGAAGAAAAUUCAGAUACAAGCGUUUCCCAAUCACAACCGACAACGUCAGAUAGCACCAGUUCAGACCCUGGGGUAUCCGAAUCUAAUGAAGGGAAAAAAGACUCUGAUGACAAAUCUCAGUCUAAGGUCAAGAAAUUUGACAACAAGAACUUUGUUGAGGCACCACUUCCCAAAACCAAUCCAUGGAACAAGGGGAAGACUCCGGCAGUCGCAGCACCAAAACCAGUACCUGUUGCUCCGGUAGCUAAGGCACCAGUUCCUGUGCCAGUGUCUCCUGUACAAGCCCCAGUCAUUCAGAAAGAAAAUCAGUCCUUGGAGCCCAAGUCAGUAAAUGAGACAACAGAGACUACGGAGACCACAAAACCAAAAGUUACCACACAGAAAUCACUGCCAUUAAGUGAUGAAAACUGGCCUGCUCUCAACGAAACCACUGAGUCCCCUGGCACAAAGAAACCCGUACCAAUGAAGUCUCUGCCAGGCUUACCACAGGCCCAACAGCCCCUUCCUACCCAGCAGGCACCACCCACACAGGUGGAUUCAGGAGGGGACGACUCUGCCAAAGAGAACAAAGAGAAUGCAGAGGCACAGAAAACACCAAAGAACAGGAAAGGAAAGAAAGAAUCAAAACAAAAGUGGGUACCCUUGGACAUAGAGCCUCCAAAGUCUGGGAGGCGAAGCCGAAGUCAGGGGAGACUACCCCCACGACGUGAUUCAGCCAAAGUCCAGGAGAGGACAGUCAGGGGAGGCGAUAAGAGAGAUGAAACGCGUGGAGAAAACAGAGCUGAUCAUUCCAAAAACUGGCGGGAUGACAUGAGGCCCUUAAGUCCACGUGACACCCGAGGAGGCUACGGGAACUAUAAUCGGAGAGGUGGACGAGGUGGAAGGGGAAGAGGAAGGGGCCGUGGAGGGGCCAGGAGUAGGGGUGUUGAUUCCAACGUGGAAAACUUAACAGGCCAAGACUUUAAAUACUUCUAUGAUGAGCAGUAUUAUCAGGAUCAACCCCCGGCUAGUGCAGUACCUCCGACUGGAGGCUUUGGUACUGUCUACUUCAACACGCCCUUCGUUGAAGACGGCACUCUCAAGGACUUCAUCAAGAAGCAAAUAGAGUACUACUUCAGUGAUGAAAACUUACAGAAGGAUUUCUUUCUGCGGCGGCGGAUGGGCAAGGAGGGCUGGCUGCCUAUCAGCCUUAUCGCAGGCUUUCAUCGUGUCCAGAAUUUGACCCGAGAUAUUCAGGUUAUAAUCAAUUCUGUUGCUGACAGUACAAGCGUGGAGAUUUCGGAGGAUGGUACCAAGGUUCGGUGUCGUCAGAAUCCAGAGAAAUGGCCUCUAGAAGGUCAGCCCUUGGAUCUAAGUUUGGCCUCAACACUGCAUGCAGAUGUACCAGAGUUUGUACCAGGCCAGGCCUACACCAUACCCUCCAAUCUACCCAGUAUAUUCAGUGGUACCACUAAAGGGGAGGAGAAUAAGGACCAUUAUAAGACGUAUCGCACCCAGUCAUCGGAGCAGGAUGACGAGUUCAGUUUCAUGUCUCUGGGUCUCAGUACCGGUCUGCUGUCGUCCAGCGCCCCACAACUCCAGGGUGACUGGAGGGAGGUCAAAAGGAAGGUCAGGGUGCCAAAGAAGUCAGAGGAUAAGAAAGCUGAUGCCAACGUGUCUGUUGACAACGAGGAGAAGGAGGAACUUGACUUCAUGUUUGACGAGGAAAUGGAGGAACUUAACAUUGGACCUCGGCAGAAUAAUUUCACUGACUGGUCCGAUGACGAAUCUGAUUACGAGAUCUCGGACAGUGAAGUGAACAAGAUCUUGAUAGUGACCCAGACACCACCCUCCCUACGGCGCCAUCCCCAAGGCGACAGGACAGGUGAUUACACGCCUCGCUCCAAGAUCACAUGUGAGAUGACCAAGGUUAUCAACGAUGGCCUCUUCUACUACGAAAAGGACCUUAUUGAUAUAGAGGAUGAUUUCAAAAGCUUCAAGACGGUGAACAUGAUUACUCGAGAGGAGUUUGACAGUAUGACGCCCUCCCAUGUGACAACAUCGCAGAAAACACCUCCACCUCCGCCUCCCCCAAUCUCCCUUCAGUCAGAAUCUAAAAAAGUGCCACCAGUCUCACAACCUAGUCAUCCUGACAUUGCCCGCUCAUUGCCAGCAUAUGUCCCUAACACACCUGGCACAGGUAGUCGUACGCCGCGCAGUCGUAAGGAGGACACUGCACCACGCUUCUAUCCAGUGAUGAAGGAUUCCACACGACCUCCAGAUCCACAGACACCACGUAAGUGGAAGACAAAACACAGCAGUAACCCGCCUGUGGAGAGUCAUGUUGGCUGGGUGAUGGACGCCACGGAGCACAGACCCUCACGAUCACACAACAAUUCUAUGUCUCAGAGUCCAACAGACAGUGCCCUGUCAACAAGUUAUGGCAGCUACAGUUCAACUCCUCAUGCAUUCCCCAACUUCCAGCAUCCAUCACAUGAACUGCUGAAAGAUAACAACUUUGUCUGGCAUGUCUACCAUAAGUACCACUCAAAGUGUCUCAAGGAGCGCAAGAAAGCUGGUGUUGGCCUUUCACAAGAGAUGAACACUUUGUUUCGUUUCUGGUCUUUCUUCUUGCGACAGCAUUUCAACAAGAAGAUGUACCUGGAAUUUAAAGCUCUGGCUGUAGAGGAAGCCAAGUCUGACUACAGGUACGGUUUGGAGUGUUUGUUCCGGUUCUUCAGCUAUGGCCUAGAGAAGCGGUUCAAACCUGACCUUUUCCAGGACUUCCAAGAGGAAACGAUCAGGGAUUAUGAAAGUGGUCAGCUGUAUGGACUUGAGAAGUUCUGGGCCUAUCUGAAGUACACCCGUAAACACAUGGAUGUGGACCCCAAGUUACGAGGUUGGCUGUCCAAGUAUAAACGCCUGGAGGAUUUCAAAGUAGACAAUUUGGAAGAACAGAGAGGAGCCCGUGGCCGACAGAGACACAUGUCCGGUCCCCCUCGGGAGAGGCAUCUAUCUGGCUCCAAGGGGCCCAAGAGCCAGUCUCAUGGCGGCAAGCAUGGCCUAACACGACAGACUUCUCGCGAAUCCAGCCAUUCACAUAGUGCGAAAACAGACUCGAAUAGUCAAUCACAGACAUCAAAGCAUAGUUCGUCAGAUAACAGCCAAUCACAAGUGACACAAAAAGUUGAAAGCAGUGCAAAGGAGGCUGUGUCUAGUGGAAAAGCAUGAAACCUACAAAAUAUGGACAAAUGCCACUUUCAAAAAUGAUUUUAUGGAAUAAAAAUGCCAAACAAAACCUGGCAUUAAAAAAUUUGGAAUCUUUUGAAACCAAAAUCUUUGAAGAAGAUGACUUAAAUCUGACAUUUUCUGUGUAGAAGAAAUUUUAAUGAUGGAAACAUCAAAAAGAUGGUUUCCUUGAUGACAGCUUUUAAGGAGAUGUUAAUAUGUAUAGGUGAAGUACAUUGUGGAAGCACUUGUAGGUUGCCCGCGAGACAUACGGGUACAGGGAAACUAUUCUGACAGUUAAAUACCGACACAUGCAGAAAAAAUGUUCAGUUACAUUCAAAGAGAUGAAAAAUGUGUACAUCAAUCGGCUCUAUACUAUAAUGGAUAUCUGGAUAUUUGAUCCAAUGGCACACUUUGGAUUCAAUCGGCAGUGAUGCCCCUCACUUGUACAAAAGUCGGCUCGCGGUAAACAACUGUCUUGGUGUGGUAAUAGUUUCCUUCCAUAAACAAAUUUGCAGAAGUUGAUCGCAAUAAAGCAAAUGUAGCUGGAAUAAAACGGGAAAAAAACUGAUGCUGUUUAACAUGCUAUAAUGUGAAGUCGUGCACAAUAUUUCACUGUAGUGGAGACUGCAUAUAUCAUCCUGCUGCCCCUUGUUGAACCUUGCCUGGCUUUUCUUGCUAACCUUUCUAUAAAGAGAGAUACACGGGAAAUGAUAGAGGUUCGCGCAGAGCUGAACCUCACCCAGCUUCGUUUUCCCUCUUCUUCGAGAGAUACGUCUGGAAUAAUGGUGGUUAGUGCAGAGCCUUUUAUCCGGUGUUUUAGGCAAUUUUUGGUGUUUUAGGCACAGAUAUACAAUGAGUUUUUCUGAUCACAUGUGGUGGAAUGGUUUCAAAACCCAAUUAACAGUCUGUGAUUAUCUUAUCUCAUCAAUUGGGUAUUUGGCGUGAACAUAUAUCCAUUGUGUUUUGUAUAAAGUCUUAUAUAAAUUGAAUAUAUAUAUAUAUAUACACAUUAAUCAUAGUAGUGAAAUCAUUAACAUGUGUAAAAGGAUCAUUCUGGUUUUAUCUGCCUCAAAACAUGUUAGUGCUGUAGAUCUUUUAGCACUGUCUGCAUAAGUUUUUAGUCUACUCUAAUUGUAAAACAGUUAAUCAAAGAAACGUUUUAUGUUUUAGGUAAAUGUUUCAGACAUAUUUCAACUAAAUAUAUGAACUUACCAGUUUGUUUACUUAAAUAAGUAUUCUUUUGUAUGAUUCUGAAACGAUUUAAAAGUUUUAUUAGUUGAAAAGAUAUAUGCAAUACUUGUUCAGAGUUUUUUUGGUUAAUGGAAUGAUAGUGGAUUACACAGGGAUGUUGGUGACAAUUACAGGAGUUAAUCCUGUUAUUGUUUAUAAGAGCUGUUUUAUUAUUUUUACAGAUCAUGCAGUUUGUAUUUUUCACACAAAACUAUUUUAGUCUUUUUUGUUAACGAGAUAAUUUGUUAGUUGAUAUGUUCACAAUAAUCUGUCUGUCACUUCUAACUGAAAGUUUCUGGUAAAUACUACUAUAGGGCAAUUAAGUGCUGUUAUAAAUACAAUUGUAUUUCUACAACUGAUCCAGGUUUUCAUUCAUCUUAUAUACAUUUAUUUAUUUAUUCAAUUGAAUGUUAGAAUCAAUUGACUGACAUUUUCUGUCAAACUUUCCAAUGUCUUUUAAGCCCAAUUUUGAAAAUCUGUUCUAUAUGUUGAAAUGAAGAUUAACAGCAACAGCCUGUGUGCCAAGGGGCGGUAGACUACAAUGUAACAGCCUGUGUGCCAAGGGGCGGUAGACUACAAUGUAACAGCCUGUGUGCAAAGGGGCAGUAGACUACAAUGUAACAGCCUGUGUGCCAAGGGGCAGUAGACUGCAAUGUCUCAAAUAGUGCUGCUGAUUGGUGGAUUGCUGUAGUUUUGUAUCCUAAAUUGAUUUGAUUGUACAUUCAGUGUACAUGGUGUAUCCACAUUGAUUUCGAUUGAUCUGUCAAGCCAAACACUUUUUUUUUAAUGAAUGAAUUGAUUUGUUGAGCCAUGCUACCUGAUGAUUUAAGAAUUUUGAUUGGUAAAGAUAGAUAACUUAUUAAUCCGGGCUGAAUGAUUCAUCAAGCCACAUUUGUAAUGUAUUACGUGAAACAUUACGGUGGACAUGCAAAGUAGACAGAUGGUGUUGUUGACGAGGACAUGAUUACACUUAUAACAUUCAUAGGCAGUAUCUAUGUGAUACAGUUGCAAUUCAGAAUUGAACAUUAUUUCCCUUAAACCAGGCUUGUAAAUUAAAAAAAUCUUUUAAAGUGUAAUCAGAUUAUCUGUUUUGAUACAUAUCUGUCAUCAGUUUAUACCGUUGGCCCUGAACUAUGGCAAGAAGUCAGUUGGCUCUAACCUAAGGUAACAAGAUAGCUGGCUCUAAGCCAUGGUAAACUGUAUAGUAGUUUACAUAAGUAGCACUGUUAUUUUGAACUAUGCUUAACUUACGUUUGUUUCUGUUACACCAUAUUUGUUGAUAUACCUUAAGUUGUGUUCAUAUCAAACCAUGUGUAGGUUGUUAUGUACAUUGUAGUGAGUAGAUUCAGGGGAGUCAUGUGACUGACCUGUAGAAAGUCACAUGGUAGUCAUGUGAUCGACUCUGAAGAAUUAUAGUGGCAAGGUUAUAUUAGCCUUUACAGAUAUACUGUGGUUGGUCAUGGUCUUUCACUUUUAUACCUCUACAGAGAUAAAAUCAGUGAAAAAGAAGGCAAUUUUUUGUGUAUUUUUCAUUUUUGUCACCAAAAGGUAAAAGAGAAGAAAAAAUCCCUUUAAAAACCAAUAAUGAUUGCUGUAGUACUGUCUGUUAUUUUGGACACUUUUACACCUGUUAAAUCCUUUUAUGCACAAGUUUUUCACUUGAUACUUUGUUAGAUUUUGCACCCUUUUUACUUACCGAUAAGCAUGUCCGUCUGACCUUUGAACUUAAUUAGUAAACAUGUCCAUCUGACCUUUGAAACUUAAUUAGUAGUCAUGUCCAUCUGACCUUUGGAACUUAAUUAGUAGUCAUGUCCAUCUGACCUUUGAACCAUAAUUUGUACCAUGUCUGUCUGACCUUUGAACCUUAAAUAAUAAUCAUGGCUGCCUGACCUUUGUACAUCAAUAUUAAUCAUGUCUGAGCUGCCUGACCUUUGAACCUGGAUUAGAAACCAUGUCUGCAUGACCUUUGAACCUUGUCUAGUAAUAUCAAGUCAUGCUAUUUCUCUUUUCUCCCAAACUGUCCCCUCCCCUAACUGAAACAGUUGAAAGUAAUCAAUUGUUUUGUCAUCAAUUUGAUCUCUUACUUUAUUUUUAUAUGUGCUGAAAUAUUAACUUGUAAAAAAAUUUGUCUUCGUAAUAUUUGACAGUUUUCAACAUAUGCUGUAAAAGCAAUCUUAACUCCUUCACGACACUGAUGUUGUUUCAUUUUCUUUAUAACUGAAACAAAUGCUAAUGUUUUGAGUGGAACAUUUUAGAGUAUUACUACUUUUUAAUGUGCUUGAUUCUGAUGUGAAGAAAAAAUUCAAAAACAUUUAAAAAAAUAUUUAAAAUAAUUUAAAAAAAGGUAAAGACUAUUUAAGUACAUGUUUGUAUAUUAUAUAUUGAUUAUGUUAAUUAGGAGUGUGUGAUCUAUAAUAAGCUAUAACUAAUGUACUGUAUUAUGGAACAUCAUAAUCAUGUUAUCACUUUUAAAUAUUCAGGAAAAAUAAUAGAUGUGAAUGGAUUUGAGGAUCAAUUAAAGCAUAAAUGCCUGUAUAUAGUUUGAUAAGUGACAUCUGUAAUUUAUACUUCAUCGUUUAACAGCACUGUCUAUCAUAGUUAUGUCUGUAUUACAGUACUUCACCAAGAGAGAAUCUGUCAACAUCAGUCUGGGCCAUCAGUAAUGUUAUGGGUCUGCUAGGGUCUAAAUUGUUAAUCAAGGGGCUCGCGUCUCAACUAACAUCCCUAUCAGUAAUUGAGGGGCUGACGUAAAUCAUGGUCCCAGUUUUUAAUCCAGGGUUUGUAUGUCAACUAGAGGCCCAAUCAGACCUCAAGCGGAACAGAUAACUUAAGGUCCUAGUUCUUUAUCCAAGGCUCAUAUGCCAACUAGAGGCCCAAUCAGACCUCAAGGGGAACAGAUGACUUAAGGUUCUAGUUCUUUAUCCAAGGCUCAUAUGCCAACUAGAGGCCUAAUCAGAAGUCAAGGGGCUCGCAUGGAAUAGGGUCCCAGCUCAUAAUUGAGAGCUUGCAUGUCAACUAGGGGCCUAGUCAGUGGAUUAUUUGUUCCAAGGGUCGAGGGUUCCACCAGUAAAUUAAGAGUCUUCGGUAACCAAAGGCUCCUUCCAGGAGUCCAGGAGAACCUGUACACUUCUGGUUUAUCUAGGGACUCCACGUGUAUGACCUUCCUUGUUUCUCUGAUCUCUGAUAUGAUACUUGAAAGCAGUCAAUAUACAAACCAGCGAGACGAUGAAGUGUGGUACAGACUGGUUAGAUAGAGGUGUUGUCUUUCAGACAAGAUCACUGACAUAUAUAUAUAUAUAUAUGUGUGCUUCUCAUAUGACAUGACCUUGGGGGUCGGGACUCAAAUUAGACUGCCCUUUGCCUCACAUUCACCUUCUGGGGGGAGGCCAUCAUAAACGAUUCUCAUGGUGCUUCGACCGACAUCGGUCAUCGUUAGUGGACAUAGAUUUUACAUCUUUAUCAAAAUCACUUCUUUUUGUCUUUAGUCAUGUUAACAAGGAUUUGAUGGGUUGUACGAAAACAGAAAAAAAAAAUGAAAUUUUGCUUUGUUAUUACUUUAAUUUCCUAGAUAGUAGAUACUAUAAUUAAACAAUUGUACAUAAACAAA